AUGUUCACCUUUUGUUCACUGCAGGGAGCUCUGACAGAGUCACCUGCAUCACAAUCCCUACUCGAGCUAGAUGGCGGCGUCAAGGUUCUCGUCGAUGUCGGAUGGGAUGAGUCGUUUGAUGUUAACAAGUUGCGGGAGCUGGAAAAGCAAAUCCCUACCCUCUCCCUCAUCCUCCUCACCCAUGCCAAGGCGUCGCAUCUAGCCGCCUACGCACACUGCUGCAAAAACUUCCCCCUCUUUACCCGCGUGCCCGUCUACGCUACCCGGCCCAUCAUCGACCUGGGCCGGACGCUCCUGCAGGAUCUAUACUCUUCCGCCCCCGCGGCGGCCACCACGAUACCGCGCGAAUCACUCACGGAUACGAUGGCGUACGGCUUCCUCAACACCCAGACAACUUCGAGAUCCGCAACGGACGAUAAGCAGCAGCAGCAGCAGCAGCAGGGGCAAGGCCAGAUCCUGCUAGAGGCUCCAACGGCCGACGAGAUUGCCCGAUACUUUUCGCUCAUCCAGCCCCUGAAAUAUUCGCAGCCGCAUCAGCCUCUGCCGUCACCAUUCUCCCCGCCGCUCAACGGCCUGACCAUCACGGCGUACAACUCGGGCCACACCCUCGGCGGUACGAUAUGGCAUCUGCAGCACGGGCUGGAGUCCAUCGUCUACGCCGUGGACUGGAACCAGGCGCGCGAGAAUGUCUUUGCGGGCGCCGCGUGGCUGGGCGGCGCGGGCGGGGGCGGCGCAGACGUCAUCGAGGCGCUGCGCAAACCCACGGCCCUCAUCUGCAGCAGUCGCGGCGGCGACAGGAACGCCCCCGCGGGUGGGCGCGCCAAGCGCGACGAGCACCUCCUCGACCUCAUACGGCCCUGCGUCGCGCGCGGCGGGACGGUGCUCAUCCCCGUCGACUCGAGCGCGCGCGUCCUGGAGAUGGCGUACCUCCUCGAGCACGCGUGGCGGAGCGACGACGGCGGCAGCGACGGCAGCGGCGUCAGCCUGAAAUCGGCAAGGCUGUAUCUCGCCGGGCGCAACAUGUCGAGCACCAUGCGCUACGGGAGGAGCAUGCUCGAGUGGAUGGACGACAGCAUCGUACAGGAGUUUGAGGCCUUUGCCGAGGGUCAGCGCAAGGUGAAUGGUGCGGCCGGGGAGGCCAAGGCCGGCGGCGGAGGUCCCUUCGACUUCAAGUAUCUGAGGCUCGUGGAGCGCAGGGCGCAGAUUGCCAAGCUCCUCGGCCAGGACGCGGUCGAGGGGGCAGGACGCGUGAUCCUGGCCAGCGACGCGAGCAUGGACUGGGGCUUCUCGAGAGACCUCUUCAGGGGACUGGCGCACGACCCGAGGAACCUGGUCAUCCUGACGGACAGGCCGGGCGUCGCCCGAUGCGCGGGAUCGCCGCCGUCGGUGGCCAGGACGCUCUGGCAGUGGUGGAGCGAGAGCAAGCAGGAGCAGGAUGCGCAGCAGGUCGGAGGAGAUGGACGUGUCAUCGAGCUGCACGAGGCCAAGCGUCAGGCCCUCGAGGGCGACGAACUGGCCGUGUACGAGCAGUGGCUCACGACGCAGCGGCACCUGCAGUCCACGCAGCAGACCGGCGGGGCUGCGGGGCUGGAAGCCUCGGGCGACGUCGUCGACGACGCGUCGUCGGAGUCGGAGUCGGAGUCAGAGGACGAAGACGGCGAGAAGCAGGGCAAAGCGCUCAACGUGUCUGCCGCACUGGGACAGGCCGGCCGCAAGAAGGUGGUCCUGCGCGACGAAGACCUGGGGAUCAAUGUCCUCAUCAAGAAGAAGGAUGUCUACGACUUCGAGGUGCGCGGCAAGAAGGGUAGGGAGAGGUCAUUCCCCCUUGCCGUCAGGAGGAAGAGGACGGAUGACUACGGGGAGCUGAUCCGCCCAGAGGAUUUCUUGCGAGCAGAAGAGAAGGAGGACGACACGGCCGGCGGCGUCCCGUCCGGGGUGUCCCCGGCUGGGACGGCAGACGAUGACGACAAGCUCGGCAAGAAGCGAAAGUGGGGUGACGUGGCCAAGGCGACGGCCACUUCUGCCUGGCAGCAGCAGGCUGGCGAAGGUGGUACAUCAUCGUCACAGCAGCAGCAGCAGCAGCAGCAGCAGCAGCAUGGGGAAGAUGGCGGCGAGGGUGUCGUCCCAGACGAGCUGGAUACGGCGGUGGACAACGAGGUGCCGGAAGUCAGCGCCCAGCAGCCAUCCAAGCUGGUGUACACGCCGGAGAGCAUCGCGGUGAACCUGCGCAUCGCCUUUGCCGACUUCUCAGGCCUGCACGACAAGCGCAGUCUCAACAUGCUCAUCCCGCUCAUCCAACCACGCAAGCUCAUCCUCGUGGGAGGAAACCGCGAGGAGACGACUGCCCUGGCCGCCGAUUGCCGCGUCGCCCUCGGCGGGGGCGGUGGCGGUGCCGAGUCUGGCAGUGCCGUCGAGAUCCUCGUGCCUGAGAUGGGCGUGUCGGUGGACGCCAGCGUCGAUACGAACUCGUGGGUGGUCAGGCUGGCGGACGGCCUGGUCAAGGAGCUCAGGUGGCAGAACGUAAAGGGUCUGGGCAUCGUGACCAUAAGCGGACAGCUGCUCACUCAAGCUCGAGCGGCAGCAACAGCGUCGCAGUCGUCGACGACGACGACGACGAUGACCACCACCACCACGGUGGGAUCCGUCGAUGACGACGAGCAGUCGACACCCAGCAAGCGACGGAAGACGGAAGGCACGGCAGCAAGGGAGGCAGCAGACGAGACGGCUAAUGUCGCGGGUGCGAUGCCGAUGCUAGACGUGAUCUCGACGAAUAACCUCGUGACGGCGGCUGCAGCCAGGUCGGCGGCAUCUCGACCCCUACACGUCGGCGACCUGAGACUGGCAGAUCUGAGGAGGGCCAUGCAGAGCGCUCGGCACACGGCCGAGUUCAGAGGAGAGGGUACGCUGGUGGUGGACGGUACGGUGGCGGUCAAGAAGACGGCCGAGGGGAGGAUAGAGGUCGAGAGCGUGGGCCUGCCGGUGGGAGGGAGGAUGAGCACACUAUACGAGGUCAAGAGGGUGAUUUACGAUAAUCUGGCUGUCGUCGCGGGGGCUUAG